CGACAGAAAAUCAUUGGCAGCCAACCCCAAUAGUGCUUACGACAGUCAGCUGGGGUCAAAGGGAGAUAUAUCGGGUGGCUGCCGACUCACCAGGCUACAGCAUCAGUCGUAGACGAUCCGCCAACCUCUUCACACGUUCUACAACACCGCCUCCUAGUAGAGUAACCAACCACCAUGUGGGACGAUGUCGUAGAGGAGACUCCGGCGCCUGCGGCCGCGGCAGCGGAUGCCCCGCCCGCGGGAGACGCGCCCGCUGAGGCCGGGGAAGCCGCCAAGGCCGAGGAAGCCGAGACACCGCCGCCACAAAACCCAGCGCAUGCUGGAGAAAAGAGACUUGUUUGCAAACACUGGGUUAGACCAAAAUUCUCCCAAUACAACUAUCUAUACGAUUACCAGAGGAAUUACUAUGACGACUUGAUCACCUACUUGGACAAGCGCAACCACGGCAUACCAGUUGAGAGACCGACUCCUCAAACUUGGGGAGAGCGCGCUCUCCGGACCUAUAUGUCAAGAAGCUGCAGCUACAGCUCCAAGAAAUACAGCAGGGACACCUCCCUCCUUUACCACAUCUCCGUCGGCGCGAAGUUCCAACGCACCCAUACUAAGAAUCUAAUCUCGAGGAAGUAUUCCAAACUUGGAAUUACUAACGCUGUGUACCUAUAGCUUCAAUCUAACACACGCUUACAGUUGCUACGCGGACCCCAUCUCGAACUUCCAUCGUGAACUUUGUGUCAAUGUUACAGGAUUUCCUUGUCGUGAUCUGACCUGCGCUCGCUAUAACUGAACAGCCAACACGAUUGUGUGAUUGAGAGCCGUCCGCAUUCCUCUCGCGAUGUCUUCUCAUUUAAACUACGAAUAAAUGUUAAGUUUAUAA